AUGGCAGAGACUGUUAAAGAAGAUUCUGGAGUGGUGAAUUGGGACACAGAUGAGGAUGAUCGUUACGGCCUUAAACCCUCUGAAUUAUUUGGUGAUCAUAAAUGGAAGAUUGAGAAGUUUUCAGAAACAAACAAAAGAGAGCUCCAUAGUGAUGUUUUUGAAGCUGGAGGACAUGAAUGGUAUAUUUUAAUGUAUCCAGAAGGAUGUGAUGUUCGCAGUCAUCUCUCUGUGUUUCUCUGUGUUGCAAACCGUGACAAACUUCUUCCAGGCUGGAGUCACUUAGCUCAGUUUACUAUAGCUGUGGUGAAUAAAGAUUCAAAGAAAUCGAAGUUUUCAGAUACGCUGCACCGGUUUUGGAGGAAAGAGCAUGACUGGGGAUGGAAGAAGUUUAUUGAGUUACCAAAGUUACAAGAUGGGUUUAUAGAUGAUUAUGAUUCUAUUACAAUCGGUGCUCAAGUUCAGGUGAUCAGUGAUAGGGUGGACCGACCUUUCCGCUGCCUUUCUUCUCACUAUAGGAGAGAACUUCUUAGGGUGUAUUUGGUAAACGUAGAGUACAUUUGCAAACAUUUUUUUGAAGAAAGAAGAAGCAAGCUUGUGAGGUUGAUAGAGGACAAGGAAAGCUUCGGUGUUUUCUGGUUAGAGAUGGACCAAAACUCGAGGCGUGGGAUUUGUAGAGAGAAAAUGGAUGUAAUCCUAAAGGAAGUUGUCAAAACAUUUUUCAUAGAGAAGGAUGUUACAUCCACUUUGAUGAUGGAAACUUUGUAUAAUGGGUUAAAGGCUCUUGAAGGCCAAACUAAGAACAAUAAUGCUAUGCCAAGUCUGUUGGAUUCCAAGGAAGUGUCAGCUCCUGUUGUUACUGUGGACAAAGAUAUGUUCGUUUUAGCUGAUGAUGUGUUGACACUCCUUGAGAGAGCUUCUCUCCAACCAUUGCCUCUAUACGUGAAUUAUAAAAAGUAUGGAGAUGAGGUCAACAAGGAAGACAUUGAGCGUGAUGAGAGACGUUUAACUGAGCUAGGUAGACGAACUGUGGAGAUGUUUGUUCUUGCUCAUAUCUUCAGCAAGGUUGAGGUUUCUUGUCAAGAAGCCAUUGCGCUAAAAAGGCAGGAAGAACUAAUUCGCGAGGAAGAGGAAGCGUCUUCUGCGAAAACCGAACAGAAGGGCAAAAGAAGAGGAGCUAAGAGAGACAAGAAAUCUAAGAAGAAUUAG